AGGACUUACUUAAUACACAAAAGUGACAUGGUACAUUUUAUUUGACUAUAAUAAUUAUUAUUAGUAUUAGUACUGUAUUAACAAAACUUAUAGAUUGUGUAAAAAUCAUUUUUCGAUAAACUGUUAUCUGAUUUCUCUGACAAACAAAAACACUUUGUUUUGCUGAUAAACUUUUGCGACAAAACUGAUGUCUAUGUAAUGAUGCCGUGCGUUGCCAACGAAGCUUGCGAUGAGCACCGGACGGUCAGCAACAACAAUGACAGACCAUCGGUCAGUCCCGUGACUUGUCUCCCGAAGACCACUGAAAAGCAGAAAAACAUAUAUAAACCUAAAUAUCACGCCUUCUCUAUUGAAUCUCUGGUCGGAAACUUGGAUAAGAAUAAGGCCAACAAUAGUGAGAACACAUCCGAUGGUGAGUCCCAUGAAGACGACAAGUUGUCGCGAAAGUCGUCCACAGCAUCGGAAUCAUUGACAUUAAUAUCCACUUCUUCGGCAACACCAUCGCGAACACCGACACCCAGUAAUGAAAAGCAAUCGGCGAAUGGCCUCAAAAUACUUAAAGACAACAAACACCACAAUAAUAAUAUUAAUGACAAAAAUUUCAUGAUUGACGACCAAUAUUUAAACUACAGUAUUAACAGAUUGUCGCCCUCAUCGAUAGCUGCCAACAAAAAUGGUAUUUUAAGAUCAUAUAUGACAACCAAUCAUCUCAAUGAAAACAGACUCACUAGUCAGCAACAGAUAGAAACUAUUACUACUACUCCCGGUGCUCAUCAAUACAGUAGUCACAAAAAAACCGAUAACAAUAACGGAGCCGUCAUUAAUCAUAACUCUAUUGCCAUCAAUAAUAAUAAUCACAGCAAUAGUAAAACAUAUGAUCACAUAUUGAAUAUGAGAGUCAAUAUGAAUAACGGCCACAAUAUAGCUAACAGAGCACACAGUCCAUCGGCACUGACAGCUCAUCAUCAUAUGAGUCGAUUUGUCGGCGGAGCCGGUAGUCAUCCCAUACAAUCAUCACCGUAUGUCAGUAAUCAGUACUAUUGUAACCAAUUGUAUUGCCGUCCAUUUGAGGACCGGCUUAUCGGAGCCGGCAAUCCAUUUAUACCACAAGUUUGCGAUUAUAAGAUAUUAUCGGAAAAAAGUCCAGAUCUGUGUUGUCAGCCGUCGGCCACAACGGCUGCAGCGGUGUUUGGCAACGGYUACCGCAAACCCAAGCGUAUCCGUACGGCCUUCAGUCCGGGACAGUUGUUACGACUCGAAGAGAUAUUCGAGAAGAACCGGUAUGUCGUCGGUUGUGAACGAAAACAGUUGGCCAGAGAUUUGAAACUCAGUGAGACUCAGAUAAAGGUUUGGUUUCAAAAUAGACGAACUAAACAUAAACGAGAAAAACAUCAACAAAAUGGUCCGAAAAGGACGGCCGGAGCCAACAUCGCUGCCUUCAUGAAUGGUCACUAUAUCGGCGGAACGUCGGCUCUACAUCUGACUAGUGGUCAUCUGAGUGGUCAUCACAGUCGGGACAGCAAUAGUAGUGAUGUAGACGACGACGAAAGUAUGGAUGAAGAGUAUAUCCGAAAAUAUUGA